UAAUCUCUUACAAAAAGAAAAACAAGAAAGAGAAACGAAGUAGUAGUAGUAGAAAGUGGGAAGGAGAAAAGUUGCUUACUUACAUACAUCCAUCUACAGACACUGACAGAAGCCGGUGACCCACAACAAUUUCUUCCUUUUUCUCUUCUCUGCCGCGAAGAGAUAUUUUGGAUCAAGCACCUACUAGGUAUAUAAUCCAUAUGUAUAAGCAUGGACUUCUGGCUAGCUGCUGUUUGAUUAGCCAAGUUCCAAAUUGGUUAAGGAAGCCUAGAGUCGAUAUUUAGCUUUUGCUACAAAUUGUGGGUUUCUGAUGGAUGAUGCUGGGCAUCAUGAAAAUGGAAGGCACAAAACAGAUCCAUAUAAAACUGCUCAGGGACAGUGGUUGCUGCAGCAUCAGCCUUCCAUGAAGCAGAUUAUGGCAAUUAUGGCUGAAAGAGAUGCAGCCCUUCAAGAAAGAAAUCUGGCCCUAUCUGAGAAAAAGACCGCACUUGCAGAGCGUGACAUGGCAUUCCUGCAGCGAGAUACUGCAAUUGCGGAGCGAAAUAAUGCAAUCAUGGAACGAGAUAAUGCAAUUGCAGCUCUUCAGUAUCGAGAUAACUCCUUCACUGGUGGCAAUAUACAAGCGUGUCCUCCAGGAUGCCAAAUUUCACGUGGUGUCAAGCAUAUACACCAUCCUCAGCAACAGGUACACCAUUUAACUAACAUGGGUGAGGCUUCUUACAGCACAAGGGAAAUGCACACAUCUGAUGCCCUCCCAGCUGUACCCAUCUCCCCCGAGGCUGUGAAAUCACGGCGUGUUAGACGACCAAAGGAAGCUAAGUCAAUUUCACCCAACAAGAAGACUUCAAAAGCAGCCAAAAAAAUCAAGAAGGAGAGUGAGGACUUGAAUAAGAUGAUGUUUGGCAAGGGACAUGACUGGAAGAGUGGUCAGGAAAUGGUUAAUGGAGGUGAUGACCUUAACAGGCAGUUAGGGGUGUCAAAGGCUGAUUGGAAAGGUCAAGACCUGGGGUUAAACCAAGUAGCAUAUGAUGAGUCCACCAUGCCUGCACCAGUAUGCUCUUGUACUGGUGUCCUGAGGCAGUGCUACAAAUGGGGCAAUGGGGGUUGGCAGUCUUCCUGUUGCACAACAACCCUGUCAAUGUAUCCACUUCCAGCAGUGCCAAACAAGAGGCAUGCUCGGGUAGGUGGUCGAAAGAUGAGUGGCAGUGCUUUCAGUAAGCUGCUUAGUCGUCUUGCAGCCGAAGGUCAUGAUCUGUCAAACCCUGUUGACCUCAAGGACCAUUGGGCCAAACAUGGUACUAAUCGCUACAUCACAAUAAAGUAGAUUGUGAGGUAUUUUGUUCUGGGGCAGCAAUACCUAAAUAGAAACAGCUUUUAGUGAUCAACCAUGGAUUCUCAAGUCAGACCAGGAGGGAAGUAAGGUAACUUGUGAUGGGCAUCAGGGAAACUAAUAACUAGAGUAUGCCCUUACCUAAUUUAGGAUGAACCAUGCUUGCUGCUGAAUGUUGGCUAUAUUAGUGAUUGAAGAAAUGAUUAUAGAGUCAUCCUUGUCAUUUGUACCGCCGAGAUGAUCUGGUGGCAUCAGUGGAAUGUAUAAAUGUAGCAUGUCAAAUAGUCUUGGUUAAUGCAUGUAGUGCGUAAACCAGAAUAAUUGUAUCCGCUCGUGUCUUUAGUCUUCUUCAAACCCUGUCUGAGUUAAUAUGUAGAACUGAUGGUGUAUGUUUAUUUUAUCCUCAUUCAUGUAUGUCAUUUUUCUCCACCUUGGAAUCCUAUGUGAAUAAAGAUUUUAUGGGUGGUUGCGACCAA